AUGGGUCAUGAACCAAAACACUUAAAUGAAUUUCUUAAAACGACAGUCAAUGAACUAAAAGCGUUAUGGAAAGGUGUUUGGCUGCAAUCCAGUCUCAGUGCAAUACCACUAGUGUUUAGAGUAGCGUUGCUGUGUACCUCAUCAGACAUCCCAACAUCUCGAAAACUUUGUGGCUUCAAAGGGCACAGUGUUCAAUUGGGCUGUUCAAGAUGCGUAAAGGAAUUCCCUGGAUUGUUUGGAGAAAAGCGAGAUUAUUCGGGUUUUGACCGUGAUUCGUGGAUGAAACGAAAAAAUAAAGACCACAGACAACAAGCCAAAAGAAUCUCCAAAUGCAAGACACAAUCUGAUCAAAAGAAAACAGUAUGGAAUCAAUUACUACAGUGCAUUAUUAGAACUUGAAUAUUUUGACAUAACAAGAUUCUGCUCAAUUGACACCAUGCAUAAUCUUUUUCUUGGUACAGCUAAAAAAUAAUUUAAACUUUGGGUUUCUGAGGGUCACCUCAACGCCAAAACUAUCAAAAGUCGCAUUGAAAGUUCCUGUUGAAAUUGGACGACUUCCAAAGCAAAUAUCAUCAAAUUAUGGAUCAUACACAGCAGAGCAGUGGAAGAAUUGGAGACUAAUUUAUUCCUUACAUGCCCUUAAAGGUGUACUCAAUGACCAGCAACUGCAAUGUUGGCAAACAUUUGUGUUAGCUUGCAAAUAUCUUUGCAAACCUGUGCUUUCAAAAACAGAUAUAUUGAAGGCAGAUAAUUGCCUUCUUAAAUUUUGCACAAGAUUUCAAGAGCUAUAUGGAAACGAAGCUGUAUUUCAAGAGCUAUAUGGAAAUGCAAGAGCUAUAUGGAAAUACAUCUUCAUUGCCAUCUCAAAGAAGUGA